ACUACUUUUUUCGUAGAUGGUCUUUUUGACAGCUGUCACUUGAUUUAUGCUCAGUUUGGUUUGCCAUUUCAUAAUGAAUAGACUUACACCUGAACAACGUUUGCAAAUCGUGCAAAUUUAUUACGAAAAUAAUGGUUCGGUUCGCGCGACGCAUCGCGCGCUGCGUCCAAUAUUCGGUCGACAUAAUCGUCCAUCAGAGUCACUAAUUCGAAUAACCAUGGAUCGGUUUCGCACCACGUUUACUCUAGUGGAUAAUACGCAUCCUCAGAGACGUCGUACAGUUUGCACCGAAGACGCUAUUGCUGCUGUGGAGCAGAGUAUCGAAGAAGACCCGAAUGAGUCCAUCCGCCAUCGCGCGCAGCAAUUGGAGAUGUGCCCAUCCACCUUAUGGAAGAUUUUGCGGAAGGAUCUUGGUUUGCGGGCUUACAAAAUCCAACUCGUGCAAGAAUUGAAGCCGAACGGCUUUUAA